CAGGCAAAAUAAACCUGAAAAAUGAAUCAAUGGUUCUUCUUUUGUGUAAUAUUGACUAGCUCCACUUCCUUUAAAAUUAUCCAGUUGUUCACAGCUGAUGGCAGUGGAAGUCUAAGUCACAUGGUUCUGAGCAAUGACAGCUUGUUCAUUGGAGCCACAAACACAUUAUAUCAAUUUGACCUUAAUCUUGACUUGGAAAUUAAGAUAAUCACAGGACCUUAUAAUGACUCUAGGAAGUGUGGAAUAAACUUAGAGAUGUGUUCGGCAUUGUCUGAAUUGUUGUUAAUGGACAACUACAAUAAAAUUUUGUUGCUUCAUUCCGAUAUGCUUGUGAUAUGCGGAAGUCUAUUCCAAGGGAAAUGUGAAAUUAGGAAUGUGAAGAACAUUAGCGAAGUUAUAUAUAUUGGAAACACGGCAGUAGCUUCAAAUGAAGUCGAUGUGAACACCAUUGCAUUUAUUGCUCAAGAUAGGAAUAGUGAACCAAUGCUUUAUGUAGCAACCGAGUUCACAAGGUUUGAUAAGACAAAAAAUUCCUUAGAAUUUAAUCAUAGACGAUCCCAUCCUCUAGUUAGCACUCGACUUUUAGAUUUUUCACUUCGUGGAAAAAUUUCUUAUGAAACCGAAAACAAAUAUAUGAAACCAGGUUUAAUAUCAUAUGUUAAUGGAUUUGCUUCCGGAAAUUACAGCUAUAUUGUAUGCAAUGAAAGGAAUCCAGAUGAUACAAACCACUACUCUAAAAUUGUUCAUAUGUGUAGUAGGGAUGGUCUAUUAAAAACUUUUUUGGAAAUACCAUUAACUUGCAAAUCAAAUAGCAAAACUUUCAACAUUCUAAAGACAGCAAAGAUAUUCAGACCUGCUAUUAUCUUAUUGAAAUCACUACAGGAACAGUUCCCCGACAUGACGUCAGAAGAUGAUGUCAUAAUUGGACUGUUCAGUCACAAUGUAGACAACAGUUCAGCUAUAUGUUUAUUUAGUAUGCCAGAAGUAACAAAAAUAGUUCUUACAAACAUAAAGACUUGUCUUAAUGGAAGCACAGAGUAUGCAGCCAGAUUAAAGUACAAAAAUGGAUUAACAUGCACGAAAAUACAACAGCUAAGGUCCAUAAAAGAUUUUUUAUCUUUAUUCACUGAUGAUGAGUUGCUGUGCUCAGGUUCUCUGAAUUUGAUAAUUGAUGGGAAAACUCCAGUCGUUUCAAACCCGGUCAUCCAGUUUCCAGCUAAAGAAGACAAUCCGGAAUCUUUGGCUGUCACUUUCACUGGAGAGCACACUGUAGCUUUUCUUGGUACCUCCAAUGGACAUAUCAAUAAGGUGGUUCUGAAAACGUCCAGCAAAGCAGAGUUGUAUGAUUCCGCCAUUGUAGUGGACGAGGGUCAUGCUAUAAAUCAAGAUAUGGCGUUUGACAAUUCUCAGAUGUUUCUUUACGCCAUGAGUGACAGAAAAGUGGCCAAGAUUCCGGUGCAGAAUUGUUCCCUGUACGCCAUGUGUAAAGAUUGUCUGUCAAGUAAUGACCCAUAUUGCGGAUGGUGUGUUCUAGACCACAGAUGCUCAUUAAAAAGCGAUUGCUACAACCCUACACACAUUCGAUGGGUUAACGGUACAAAGCAAGAAAACAGAUGUGUCGAAAUCCUUAAUGUCUCUCCACCAAUGCUCCAUGUCUCCGAAAACAUCACCUUAAAUCUAACAAUCAAAGAUCUGCCUCGCGAUGACAAUACCUCUUACAACUGUGUGUUUAGCUUUCCUAACGGAGAUCAGAUUAUAUCCCAAGCUGUUCAAUGGCGCUUUGGUACUGAAUGUAUGAAUCCUAAUGUUGAAAAUCUUAGAAUCAGUUUUAACAGCAGUCUGGGAUAUAUCAACGUAAGCCUGGGUAUUUUGUCUGAUGAGACAGACCAGGUGAUUGUUUCAUCACCUUAUCUUUUCUACAACUGCAGUAGUUUUACAAGUUGCUCUACAUGUGUUGACAACAUUUUCUGGUGUGACUGGUGUAUCACAGAAAACAAGUGUCAGUUUAACACGGAUCAGUGUUCUGGGGAGAAAGUCAGUAGUCAAAAAGCAAGUACAAUUGGACAAAGGAAAACUUUUUGUCCGAUGGUGGACGCAAGUCAGACCGGCCCCUUAAUGAUAGAACAUAAUCAAAUUAAAACAAUCGUCAUUCAAGGAAAGAAUUUCCCAGAACCAGACAAAUAUAAAGGACAAAUACAGUUACCAUCAAGGAUACUAUAUGUAAAUGGUAGAAGGAUUUCAAGUACUCAAUUAAUUUUCAUGAUCGGCAAGGCAAGUAUAACAUUAAAAGUGCAAGUAAAGGUGAUGGAUAAAACAAAUGGAGAUAUGGAUGUAACCUGUUACUUAGGUUGA